UCGCCUGCGAAGGUGGCGGGGGCCUGCGGGGCUCGAGGGGCUGGGCCCGGGCCUGACCCCGGGCGGGGAUGGGGCAGAGCGCAAGCAACCGGUAUGGCCCUGCUGUUGCUGCUGGGGCAGCUGCUGGCGCUCAUGGGCCAUGGGGGCGCGUUCUACUUCGAGGUCCGCGAGCUGGAGGAGAAGUGCUUCAUACAGGAGAUCCCCGAUGGUACCGUGGUCAUAGGUAACUACAAGACGGAGCUCUACGACCCCGCUAUGGAAAAGUACCAGCCCUCCCCGCAGUGGAUCAAUUUGUUCGUGUUUGUGAAAGACCCCGAGAACAAGAACCUUCUGGCCCGACAGUACGGCCCUCAGGGCAGCUUCACCUUCACCUCCCAGUCUCCCGGAGAGCACCAGAUCUGCCUCCACCUUGAGUCCAUCCGGUUCGCCCUCUUCUAUGAUGGCAAGCUGGCCAUUCACUUGGACAUGCAGUUGGGUGAACACACCAACGAUUAUGCGGAAUUUGCAGCCAAGGACAAGCUGACCCAGAUGCAUCUGCGUGUACAGCAGCUUGUGGAGCAGGUGGAGUUGAUCCAGAAGGAGCAGGAGUAUCAGAGGUGGCGAGAGGAGCGCUUCCGGCAGACCAGCGAGAGCACCAACCAGCGGGUCCUGUGGUGGUCCAUUCUGCAGACCUUCAUCCUGGUUGCCACGGGUGUCUGGCAGAUGCAGCACCUCAAGAGUUUCUUUAAAGCCAAGAAGCUGGUGUAG